AUGUUCAAGGUAGCAGUUCUCAGUUUAUUUGGUCUUAUUAUCCUCUCAGUUCAAGGCAUAUCCUUGACCGGAAAAAAAUAUAACAAUUCCUUCACUAAGUGCCAGGAUUUGCAAAAUCCUGGAACAUUGGAAGCUAAUGUAAGGUAUAAUGAUUCGGAUGUAAGGGACGAGGUAUACAUUCUUUUACCGGAAAAAGGGGAUUUCAAACGACCAAUUAGCUGCAUCAAAGUCAUCGACAAUUCGAGUUAUAACGCAAGCGAAGUUGUGAUAGUACAAGGAGGACUCAACCACCAAUUUGCCAUCUUCAAAAUUUAUAUCCAUUCGAUAUUGGCUGAUUACGACUACACUUUCCAAAUCUAUACGAGAUGACCUAGCUCCGAC